AGCGGAAAAGCUUGUGGACACCGAAAUUCGAGCGCGUAUUUAUAUUUUCAAUAUUUUUUAUUAGAACUGAAAUCUUUCGUUCACUUGAGAUUCUUCUUGUUCACACCAGUUCUCACCGGAAUAUUCCGUCGUCGGCGGCAGGAAUCUCAGUGCGGCUCGGGUUUAUAGUCUCUCUUUGCACUUGCUCAGUCAAUUUCUGGAUCACACAGCUUUGGCAUGGGAGUUGUGACUGUCUCUAGCUCUGCUGCACGAACUCCACUGGGAUUGGACGCAAGAUAUUUGACUCGUGUAUCUUUAUGUAGAAGGCAAGUAAUAUUAUCAUUCAAGAACGAUAAAAACAAGAAUAUAGCUUUAAUUGCACCUAGAGAAUCUGUAGCUCUACCUUUGGAGGCAAAAAAAGAAAAGGAGAAGAGGUCAAGAAAGGUAAAAAAACUUGUAGAAAGAGUAAGUGCAGUCUCAACAGAUGAAGCCUCUCCAAGUACCAUAGAUUUGGAUUACAAUGAAGCCGCUGCAAAACUGGAAUAUAUAUACAAACGAAGUCCUGCAACCACUGUCUCUCUUGAGGAGGUCAAAGACCAAAGGGUAAAGAGAAGGCGACCACUAAGGAAAAGGACUGGAGAGGCUGAGGAGGCAGAGAAGAAAACUGCUGACGAUGUGGUAAGGAGUAAAAGGAAGAAGGAGAGAAGGUUGACUCUUGAGAAGAGAAUUGCUCUCAAAACGAACAAAGAAGUCGAUUUUCUUGCAUCAUCAUCCCAGAAAAGGAAACAAAGAAAGAAUGAUGAAGAUGAGAAGAUUGAUAGGCUUGUACGGGACUAUUCAGCUUCCACUGACUUGGUCAGCCUAGACUGGAAGAAAAUGAAGAUCCCACCAGUUCUUCCUUCAUCUGAGCAUGCCUGGCUGUUUAAGCUGAUGCAACCUAUGAAGGCAAUCCUCCAAGUGAAGGAGAAUUUACAAAAUGAUCUAGGAAGAGAAGUGACAGAUGAUGAAUUAGCAGAGGCAACGAAAACUAAUGCUGUCCAGCUGAGGAAACAAUUGGAAGUUGGUCGGGCCGCCAGAAACAAGUUGAUCAAGCACAACCUCCGGUUGGUUUUGUUUGUAAUGAACAAGUAUUUCCAAGACUUCUCAAAUGGCCCCAGAUUCCAAGACCUGUGUCAAGCUGGUGUCAAAGGUCUUAUAACUGCCAUUGAUCGCUUUGAGCCAAAAAGGAAGUUCCGGCUCUCAACAUAUAGCCUAUUUUGGAUUAGGCAUGCUAUUAUUCGUUCUAUGACGCUGUCAAGCUUCACAAAGGUCUCAUUUGGCCUUGAGUCGGUCCGAGUAGAAAUCCAGAAGGCCAAGCUAGAGUUGUUGUUUGAGCUCCAGCGAUUGCCAUCUGAUGAAGAAAUUGUAAAUCGAGUGGGAAUCUCCCCUGAAAGAUACCAUGAAGUCAUGAGGGUAUCAAAGCCUAUCUCUUCUCUCCAUGCAAGGCAUGCAGUAACACAGGAAGAGUUCAUCAAUGGGAUUUCUGAUGUGGAUGACGUUGAAGGAGAUAAAAGAAGGCAACCUGCACUUCUCAGGCUUGCUCUUGAUGAUGUGCUCGAUUCGCUGAAGCCCAAGGAAAGUUUGGUUAUCAGACAAAGAUAUGGACUUGAUGGUAAAGGAGACAGAACACUAGGAGAAAUCGCAGGAAAUUUGAAUAUUUCGCGAGAAAUGGUAAGGAAGCAUGAAGUAAAGGCUCUCAUGAAGCUCAAGCAUCCCGCUCGAAUAGAUUACCUUCGCCGCUACAUUUACAAAUGAACCAACACUGGCUGACGACAAAAAUGCUAUUGUAUACUAAACUUUUGUAUAAAAAUCAUUUCUGUCAUAGUUUAACAUUACAUGCACAUAAGUAUCAGUUAACAUGUAUAAAAUCCAUUUUUCUGGGGCACAACCUGCAGGUAUACAUAUGUCUACACUUCCUAUC